GUUACAACAACUACAGCUGCAAUGAAACUUAAACACUUUCACUUCAACAACACAUGGAGACACUUUACAGGAAUAUCUAUCCAUAUAGAUAAACGAUUCAUCAUGGAUAGAUGCUGAUAUACCCGCUGCUGGCUGUCUGGUGGUUAUAAACAAAGGACUUUUAUUUUAUUUGGCAUUUUUGGGGGGUUAGCCGGUCAUGCUAAUUAGCCUCCGACUGAUAACAAGAUAAACACAAAUUAACCAGCAAAAUAUGAUUAUUUUUUAUUUAUAUGUGGAUUAAUAACAAGCAACACUAUUAAUCUUUACGAUGAUAACGUCAUAUAAUCAUAUGUGACAGCGUGUCUGUCGUUUUGUCUUUAUAUUUUACAUAUAGUUUAAUAUUAGCUCAUGCUAACAGCAUUACUAACAGGAGUUUCAGGUGUUUUUGAAUAUUUGGAUAUGAUGAUUUUAGGGAUAUAAAUCAUUGAAGGUGUUUUAAGUCGGUAUUUAUUUGAGGCACUCUUUGUUCGAGAGAGGAAGAUGAUGGUGAUGAAGAUCAGCUGAUUAUAAACAGACACAUUUAGAAAAAUGCCCAGGAGAAAACAGUCCAAUCCACAACCUGUCAAAUUUGGAGCUGAAGAUGGUGUUGCGAUUGGCGAUCAGGAAAACCUCGUCCUGGAGAGUGAUUUCCUCCUUGGACAAGACCUGAGCUUUGGAGAAAAUGACUAUAGGAUCGUCGGUUUUGAAAGGGAUUCAGACUCAGUCAAUGCUGAAAUGGGGAUGCCGGAGUACAGCUUCAGUGACGAGGACUGUUCCGGCUACAACCGACUGGGCAUGGAGAGCGAUUUCGAGGACCCUCGAGACACAGAGAGCGAGCGUGACGAGAUCGGUCCUGACGCUAACUUCGCCCCCUACCUCUCAUGCAGACAGUGCGGCCAGCUCCUUGGCGACCCCUUGAGCGGGGCACUGGAUCUCGCAGGCCUGUUCUGCCUCCAGUGCGGGGCUGAGGGAGGAGACGCAGACUGCCAAGAUAAACCGUUAGAAGAGGCCCAUCCCACUCAUACCGUGCAAGGAAAAACCAAUCGAGGCAGGUCAACGUCGAAUGGAAAUCCUUGUAAGACCUACUCGUGCAAACUGUGCAGUUUCACCUCACGCUACUCCAAUCACUUGAAACGGCACUUGAAGACUCACAACGGCGAGAAACCGUACCAGUGCCAGCACUGUGCAUAUGCCUCCGCUCAGCUAGUCAACCUGCAGCGGCACAUGCGCACACACACGGGCGAGAAGCCGUACAAAUGCGAGUUCUGCACGUUUGCGUGCAAUUCCCUGGGUAACCUGAAGAGGCACCAGCGCAUGCACACUCAGGAGAAAUCGCUCAACUGCAGUCAGUGUGACUUCCGUGCGAACAACAGCCACUCGCUAAAGAAACACACAAUGAGCCACAAGCUGAAGAAAUCUACAGACUUAACUGAAGAGUCUGUGGUUUCUGGGCUUACUUUGCACAUCAACGCCGACCCUGACUUCCUCCAGAGCUACGACACCCUGCGAACUGAUCGCCACCCCCCUGCCCUGCUGGACACUGAGGGCAUGGCCCAAGAAUCGGACCAUUUACCCGAGCUGUUGUUCCCCUUCACUUGUCGCGUGUGCGGCCUUGUGCUAGAGGACGAGGAGGGGGCUUCGGCGCAAAUCUGCAGCAAAUGCACCGUCGACAUGCUGUCCAAAACCUCCCCCACCAGUCCGGAAAAAGGCGACAAGCUUUACUCCUGUACCUCGUGCCCGUUCGUCACACAGUACCCCAACCAUCUCGCCCGGCACAUGAAAACACACAGCGGUGAAAAACCCUACAAGUGCCCGCAAUGCAACUACGCGUCCGCCCACUUCGAUAACCUCAAACGGCACCACCGCGUGCACACAGGAGAAAAGCCGUACAAAUGCCGGGUGUGCGACUACGCUUGCGGCAAUUUGGCCAAUCUGAAACGGCACGAGCGCAUCCACUCAGGUGCGAAACCAUUCCAGUGCACCGUGUGCAGUUACAGCUGCAACCAGAGGAUGAACUUGAAACGCCACAUGCUGCGACACACCGGCGAGAAGCCCUUCAAGUGCCAGGAUUGCAGGUACACCACCGGCCAUUGGGACAAUUACAAACGGCACCAAAAGAAGCACGGCCACUCGGCGGAAGGGUGGAUCAAGAUGCAGCUGGCAGAGAAAGAGGAAGAGGAGGAGGAAGGAGAGAUGUAGUGGAAUCUCUCGCUUUUGUUUGAUGUCUAACUCCAGUUGCCUUAUUAUUAGCUAAAAAAAUCAAUAUGGCAAAGGUGCAUAGUGACAUUGCGUUCUUUCAUAUUUGAUUGUAUACCAGUGUAUACCAUUGUAUACUGAAACGGUUAUCUCAAAUUAAACUCAAAGAGCUUUAUGCACCUGUGGGAGAAUUUUUAACUUUAUGCACCUGUGGGUGAAUCUUAUGAAAGCAUGUCCAGGUAACAUUUCACCCCCAAGCAAAAAGAUUAAAUUAUAUUACAUUUUGCAUGGUGACACUAUUUUUAUGAAAAUUACAUUUCCCCCCAAGCAUUUUAAUUUUGAGGUUUGUUUUUGUAUUGUUCACAAUGAUUCUUCUUAGAUUUUUCAAUACUCCAAUAUAAUAGGCUAUUUAUACUGUAUUACUGUAAUAUUUGUUUGUUUUUUAAAAAAUCAGCUUAAAUUGAAGGCAGCACAAAAAAUACUAUCAUGAAAAAUUUAAUGAUUGAAUGUAUUUUUUAUUUUAUUUUUUCUUGGAUUUUCUUUAUUUUUUACAUUACAGUAAUAAUAAUUUAGGGGAAAAUUUGCUUAUUUUAUGACAGUCAUGCACAUUUUCCAUGAAAAUUCUCAUAACCAUAUCAGGAGGUUUUGAGUAAUUCAAUAAAAAAAAUAAAAAUAAAAAUAAUACUGUAAUACAAUGAUUAAAAAAAUAAAACCAUCUUAAAGGCAGUUCAAGUACCAACAUAAAAUACUUCACAAUUUAGAAUUAUUAUUAUUUAUUUUUUUCUUUUCAGAUUAUGUUAAUCAGAUUUUGUUUUGAAUUAUUAUAAUAAUAAUAAGAGUUCGGGGGAAAUGUGCUUACUUUAUGACAAUUAAGCAGAUUUUCCGCAAAAAUUCAUAUUACUCAUAUAUAUGUAAUGUGUCCGGAUGUUUUGAAUCAGUUUCUCGUCAUUCCCAUUAUAUUCAUUUGUAAAAAAAAAAAAAAAUACACUGAUUUUUGUUUUCAGUUCAGCAUAAAUUAAAGACAUUACAACAAAUUCUACUUUGAAAUGCGUACAGUAAUACGAAUUUGGGGGAAAAAUGUGUUAUUUUAUGACAGUUAAGCACAUUUUCCUUGCAAACUCUCAUUAUCAAUGCAUCAGGAUAUUUGGAGAUUUUUUUUAAUUAUAUUAAUAUUUUAUUUAACUGCAAUACAGUGGUUUUACUAUCUAAAUUGGUAUGAAUUAAAGGCAGUUCAACAAAUACUAGCAUGGUCUAUAAAUACUUUUCAGUGUAUUUAAUAUUUAUUUGUAUUUUUUUGCAUAACAGUAAUGAGAACGAGAUUAUUUGUGACAGUGAGAAUUGUUGGAGGGAAAUUUGCUUAAUUGUCUUGGAAAUACUGUAAAAUAAUAAUGCACAAAAUAUGCAAAAUGUAAUAUCUUUUGGGUGAAAUAUGACUUGGACAUGUUCUUGUAAGGUGAGAUUCACUCCUCUGCUGUCAUGGAUUCUCGUUGAAUUACUGAAUGAAAGAGAAAACUGCAAUAAACUCAAAGAAUCGCCCCUUGUCCUGAUACAGCAGCUGUAGUUUGUGUUUUAUUCUGUAUGAUGUGGGAUUGAAUUACACUGAACAUGUCUGCUGGCUGCUAUAUUACCUUAUGCACAGAAUCUCAAUGAUGUUGCCUUUUAUUGGGGAGAUGAUGUACCUCAUUUCCCUCAAAUACUGUAUUUGAAUUUUCAGGUGCCACUGCAAAACGCUGCACCAUUACAGCGGUCUCAUUUGCUCCCAGCAUGUGUUUUUCAAGGGCAUUAUUGAGAGACAAUUAUAGGUGAAUCACUAUAAUUAUAACCAUACAAUGGUCAAGAACAUGUCCCGGUUAUAUUUCAGCCCAAAAUUAAUUUGCAUUGAUAAUUUGCAUAUGACCAUUAUAAUUUCUUAACACAUUAAAUGUCAAAGUUUUCAAUGCAAUAUAAAAAACAAAUCACAUUCUCAUUACUUUAAUCACUAUAUAUAUAUAUAGUGAAGUACUCAUUGCAUAAUGGUAGUUUUUGUUGUACUGAAUUUAAUGGAUGCUGAUUUUGAUUAAAAAAAAAAAUAGUAUUGCAGUUGUAUAGUAACAAGAAUUAUGUUUUGUGUGUGUGUGUGUGUGUGUGUGUGUGUGUGUGUGUGUGUGUGUGUGUGUGUGUGUGUGUGUGUGUGUGUGUGUGUUUCACAUUAUAGUAAUGAGAAUGUGGGGUUAAAAUGCUAAAUUGUCAUGGAAAUAAUGUCAAAAUAUAAAGAAAAUUAUGGCCCAAAAAAAGGUUCAAUCAAAAUUAUGCAUAAUAUAGAUAUAUUUUUCUCUCAUGUAUUUGGGGUGUAAUAUGACCUGCAUAUGUUGUGAGAUUCCCCCUUAUGUGGUGUGUGUGUGUGUGUGUGUGUCUUUGUUUGACUUUCAAAUGAAAUGACGUACAGUUUAA